UCGGGGCUGGACCAGGAAGGGCAAAAUGGCGGUGAGUGGUAGGAGUCGAAAUCAAGGCAAGAAUUUUGGAAACAUGUUUAGCCGUCUUCAGGAAGUUCUAGCCCCUCCAAAAUUAGUUGUAGUGGAUAAACGAACAAUCGAGAAAUCAUGGAAAAUGAUGGACAAAGUGGUGAAACUGUGUCAGCAUUCGAGGAUGAAUUUAAGGAACAGCCCUCCAUUCAUCCUGGAUAUUCUGCCCGACACCUAUCAGCAUUUGCGUUUAAUUUGCUCAAAGCACGACGACAAACUACAAACGCUCAACGAGUGUGAAUAUUUCAGAAUAUUCAUUGAAAAUUUAAUGAGCAAAUGCAAAAACACUAUCAAGCUAUUUCGAGAAGGAAGGGACAAAAUCUUUGAUGAGAAUUCUCACUUCCGACGAAACCUGACAAAGCUGUCACUGGUGUUUUCGCACAUGCUUGCGGAAUUAAAGGCGAUCUACCCCCCGCCUUCUGGAACAUAUGCAGGGGAGACCUUUAGGAUUACUAAAAGUGAUGCUGCAGACUGGUGGAGACGGUCAUUCGGUGACAAAAUCAUUGUGUCAUGGAAAGAUUUCCGCAGCACACUUAAUGAGACUCACUCUAUCAGCACCUCACUGGAGGCCAUGGCACUCAAGUCCACCAUCGACCUUACAUGUAAUGACUACAUAUCAUUGUUUGAGUUUGACGUCUUCACAAGAUUGUUUCAGCCGUGGAAUAAUUUGCUUCGCAACUGGAAUGUUUUGGCCGUCACACAUCCUGGCUACGUCGCAUUUCUCACGUAUGAUGAAGUGAAGGCCAGACUAAAGAACUACAUCAACAAACCAGGGAGCUACGUGUUUCGGCUGAGCUGCACCAGACUAGGGCAGUGGGCCAUUGGUUAUGUGACGUCCGACAAGCAGAUUCUACAGACCAUCCCUCAGAACAAGUCCCUGUGUCAGGCGCUGCUGGACGGCCAGAGAGAGGGCUUCUUCCUGUAUCCCGACGGUCGCCACAUCAACCCGGACUUGAGUUUCCUGGUGCAGGACAGCCAGGAGGAUCACAUCAAGGUGACGCAGGAGCAGUACGAGCUGUACUGUGAGAUGGGCUCCACCUUCCAGCUGUGCAAGAUCUGUGCUGAGAACGACAAGGACAUCCGCAUCGAGCCAUGUGGACAUCUCCUCUGUACCCCCUGUCUCACCCAGUGGCAGGAUUCUGAUGGACAAAGCUGUCCGUUCUGUCGUACUGAGAUCAAGGGCACGGAGCAGGUCAUAGUGGAUGCUUUCCACCCGUCUGGUAGCCUGAAGGUGGAACCCAGACACAACCACAACAUGGAGAUAGAGGACGAUGAUGAUGGUGGGACGACGACAUUACAUGCCCUCUCAGUCAGCCCUCGAGACAGGAACACAAGAGAUCGCAGUUCCCCGUUUGAUUCUCCGCACACGUCAAAACGAGAUGUGCCACCCCCAGUUCCCCCUCGUACUAUGUCCCCUGCUCACUCCCCUACCACUUCGCCAAAACCCCCGAGACGUCAGCUUCCACCCACUCCGCCAGCAGAUGAUGAAGACACACCCCGCCUGCAGCGGCCAACGGUGCCCCAGAGGACGGUCAUCAAUGUGACGCCCGCAGAGAAGGACCAAGGAGUGUCCUAUGCAGAACUACGGUACGACAUCCCUGGCCACACUGUGAAGACCGUGGACACCGAGCCGGACUCCCACUACGACAAACCCCUGCCAGGCGUGCACCCUCUCAUAAGCACCUCCCCCACGUCAGAGGGCAUCUCCAAACCCCCGCCAUCACCCGAGGGAGGAACUAUUUUCUCCGUGACAGGAAACGUUCCCCCUCAGUUACAUCGACUUCCCAGUGAGUAUGCCUGCCCACCUGCCCAUAUGCCAAGGGCCAAACAGCCAGCUCCUGUUCAGCCACAUGGAGAUGUGAAUGAUAUUCCCCUGCCUGCUCGGCGUGAGGGUCUGCGAGAGAACCAAGACCUGAACAAGGAAAACAACGGGACAAUCGUCAGCAGUUUAAACGAGGAGCAUGUCACUAUACUCGUAGGCCGGGGUUACGAUCGACUCAAAGUAGUGGAGGCCUUGAGAGUGUCACACAACAACCUCAAAAUGGCCGAGGACAUUUUGGAUACAUUUGUUAAAAACAAUCGAUGAAAAACAGUAGCGAGUGUGAUGAUUCUACCAACCACCAGGGGGCACUGUCGCCACGUUUGAUACGCCUGGACUGAUAGUAUUGAUAAGAGAUGGAGACAUGAGUGCCAUGAGACUUGAGACUGUUCUUCUGUAGACGUGUCGUAAUCAAAUAAUUUAUACUCACUCUACAAUCAAAGUGAGGCUGCCUCAGUCUGGUUCUACCCCUCGCAGGUUCCUGGGGUCGUGUGGCAGAGAGUCACUUAUGCUUUUAGUAUGUUAGUAUUUAUGUCUGUAUAUCGAAUGAGGCUGUGACUCCAUUCAUUUCAGCCACACCAGGAGAGGAGAGUUUUCUACUUUGUAUUUGUCACCAUAACCUACUUUGGGACAUGCCCGCAUGGUGCACAGUUCUGUCACUGUAACAUUGGUACACGCCUACAAAUUGCCUGUUCAUGUUCCUGAAACACUGGGACUGUCCAUAAGUAACACAUUAUUCUCACUGUAACAUUGAAACAUGCCCACAGAUUACAUGUUCCUGUACCUGUAACAUUGGGACAUGCCCACAGAUUACACGUUCCUGUACCUGUAACAUUGGGACAUGCCCACAGAUUACAUGUUCCUGUACCUGUAACAUUGGGACAUGCCCACAGAUUACAUGUUCCUGUACCUGUAACAUUAGGCCCUGCCCACAGAUUACAUGUUCUUGUACCUGUAAUAUUGGGACAUGCCCACAGAUUACACGUUCCUGUACCUGUAACAUUGGGACAUGCCCUCAGAUUACAUGUUCCUGUACCUGUAACAUUGGGACAUGCCCUCAGAUUACAUGUUCCUGUACCUGUAACAUUGGGCCCUGCCCACAGAUUACAUGUUCCUGUACCUGUAACAUUGGGACAUGCCCUCAGAUUACAUGUUCCUGUACCUGUAACAUUGGGCCCUGCCCACAGAUUACAUGUUCCUGUACCUGUAACAUUGGGACAUGCCCUCAGAUUACAUGUUCCUGUACCUGUAACAUUGGGCCCUGCCCACAGAUUACAUGUUCCUGUACCUGUAACAUUGGGCCCUGCCCACAGAUUACAUGUUCCUGUACCUGUAACAUUGGGCCCUGCCCACAGAUUACAUGUUCCUGUACCUGUAACAUUGGGCCCUGCCCACAGAUUACAUGUUCCUGUACCUGUAACAUUGGGCCCUGCCCACAGAUUACAUGUUCCUGUACCUGUAACAUUGGGACAUGCCCACAGAUUACAUGUUCCUGUACCUGUAACACUAGGACAAAUAUGCCCUUAUACAAGAGCUGGUUUUUCUCUUGGAAUUGCAUACCCACCCACGAGAUGCACCUUUGAUAACAUGCCUUGACCUCUUGUACAAAGUUGUUUUUGUUGCUUUUACAAGCUCUUACAUUGGUUACAAUGUAGUGUGACCAGCUUGCUUGUAGGUUGGCAUCUUAGUAAUACAUUUCAUGCUAAAUGUGUACAUGAAUAUUUAGUAGUCUGCUUAAGGUAAUCAUGACAAUUAACGUCCCAGCCAAACAUCUUGAUUUUUCAUAAAAGACAGCUUCACAGGUGAAUUUCUUGGUGUUUCUUCCACCCAACUGUCUCCAGGUAUCCCCACAAAACUGUCCUGCUGUCAAUAAGUUCGAGGUAGCUAUCAUGUAGUUCUCUCAGGCACAAGAUAUCCUUGCAUCUAUUGCAUAUUCUGUGACAUAGCUUAUAGAAUAAUCCUGAUAAUCCCUCAUAAUGAAAGUUCGUGAAAGUUUCUUGGUGUGUGUGUCUCUACUCUUCAAAAUACCUGCAAGUAGCACGUGAGUUUGUCUGCAGAUUUUGACAUGUUUGUUCUUGUUUCUUUGUAAACAAUCUUCCAUCUACAACCCACCUAAUGUCUGUAAAUGUCGGUCAGAUCAGUUGCCCAGUUGAUCCAGUACAUACUUGCUGUGUCUGUGUUAGGUUUGAAUAUACAGGUACUUUCACUAAGAAUGUAUCGAUAGAUCUUGAUAGGGGCAUCUUUACUAUACAUCACUUAAGUGUUCGUGAUCUGCUAGGAUGUACAGAUACCUUCACUAAGGAUGUAUUGAUGGAGCAGAUCUUUCUAGGGACAUCUUUACUAUACAUCACUGAAGUGUCUGUUAUCUGCUAGGAUGUACAGAUACCUUCACUAAGGAUGUAUUGAUGGAGCAGAUCUUUCUAGGGACAUCUUUACUAUACAUCACUGAAGUGUCUGUUAUCUGAUAGGAUGUACAGAUACCUUCACUAAGGAUGUAUUGAUGGAGCAGAUCUUUCUAGGGACAUCUUUACUAUACAUCACUGAAGUGUCUGUUAUCUGCUAGGAUGUACAGAUACCUUCACUAAGGAUGUAUUGAUGGAGCAGAUCUUUCUAGGGACAUCUUUACUAUACAUCACUGAAGUGUCUGUUAUCUGAUAGGAUGUACAGAUACCUUCACUAAGGAUGUAUUGAUGGAGCAGAUCUUGCUAGGGACCAUCUUUACUAUACAUCACUGAAGUGUCUGUUAUCUGAUAGGAUGUACAGAUGCCUUCACUAAGAAUGUAUUGAUGGAGCAGAUCUUUCUAGGGACAUCUUUACUAUACAUCACUGAAGUGUGUUAUCUGAUAGGAUGUACAGAUACCUUCACUAAGGAUGUAUUAAUUUAACAGAGAAUUCUUCUCAACUUCUAUGGCCCACACCUCGACUAAAGAUAACUAUUUGGUCAUCAACAAAUGCAGAAAGGUAUUUUCCAUAAGUAGGAGCAUCUUUAACUUCAUAGUACUGGAGUCUGUACAAGGGCAAGGGAUAUGGGGUGGCCCAGAGGUUAAAGCGUUCACUCGUCACUCCAAAGACCCAUGUUUGAUUCAUGAUGGGUACAAUGUGUGAAGCCCCUUUCUGGUCUCCCCUUCUACGAUAUUGCUGGAAUAUUGCUAACAGCAGCUUAAAACCAUGCUCACUCACUGCAUAAGGGCCAGGCACAAGAUAAUUCACUUGCACGAAAUUUGAAUGUAGACAUGGGUUUCAUCAUUAAGCUGCUAAUAUGAUGAACAUUUUUAUCAGGCCAUAAUCUUGCAUGAUUUAAAAGUGUAUUAUAACUUUAAAAGUUUGAGAGAGUAAUGUAUUUGCAAAAUGACCCCAUGAAAAUUCACUAGCCAGUCGGGCCAGUGACUAAGGAUAUUGACUGACCCGAUUGGUUUUUACUAGCCACGGGCUAGUGGGACAGUGGCUAUUUCGUACACUGCAUGACAGUCAUCAGACAGUGUCUAGACCUACCUGGCUAGAUCAGGUACCUGGGGUGAUAUGAUCCUGGCAAUGUUUCAUGUCAUAUGUACCUCUCCAGCUUGUAUUGGUCUCACGUUUCUACAAUGGACACUAGUGACUGUGCAAUGCGAUAGCCGAGUGGUUAUGGUGUUCGCUUGUCAUGCCGAAAACCUGGUUUCGAUUCCCUUAUGGGUACCAUGUGUAAAGCCCAUUUCUGGUGUCCCUCGCGGUGAUAUAGCUGGAAUAUUGGUAAAAGCGGCAUAAAACCCCAAUCACUCACUCACUGUAGAUUGAACUCAGAUUUAAGAAAUAAAGGAAUCAAAAUUAUCUCAGGUGAACAAUGGAAAAUAUUUUGAAAACUGCAUAUCAAGGGGAGGGCAUUUAUCCCAGGGGGGUAGUUUAGUGGGGUUGUAUGGUCCUUCCAUCAUGCUUGUUGUCAUGUUCUGGAUGACCCAGGUGGUAGGGUAGCCUAGUGGUUAAAGCGUUCGCUCGUCACGCCGAAGACCCGGGUUCGAUUCCCCACAUGGGUGCAAUGUGUUGGCCCAUUUCUGGUGUCCCCGCCGUGAUAUUUGCUGGAAUAUACCCCGGCGUAAAACUAAACUCACUGACUCUGGAUGACCAUUGCAAAGCCCUUGUAAAUUUGUCAUGACCUUCCCUGAAAAAACAAAAUCCAAAACCAAUUUACAUUUUACAUUUUGUGUGAAAUAACAGUUGUGUACUAACCCUUCCCAAAUAUAGAGUUGUUGAAAUAUUGCUCUAUGUUAUUGCUUGUAAGGAAAAUGGUACUGACUAAUUAUAUUUUCGAUAUCGUGAUUUGCAUUUGCUGUGCCAGGAAGAUCAACUGACAUGGCGUCCUGAAAUACUGGUGCGUCAUGGCAGAGUUCUGUCCCUUGACCAGAGUCAGCAUGAUUACCUUCACAAUUUCAGUCAUAAGUUAUUUGUAUUUGUUAUUUACCACUUGUUAUCAACUGGGCUUGCUCCAUCAGGUGUUGCUAGAAGCAGGUACAGUUUCCACUGUUGAAGGUGGCCUAUGAUACCGUGGUGCAGAAAGGAAACUAGCAUUUAUCAUCCAUAUUUAAAUGUUGUAAAUGAAAUAAUUAUUGUGAGAUAACAUCCCUCUUUGAUGUUGGUCACCUUUGAUUAAUAACAAUAUGCUUCUGUUUGAUCAAAUAUAUUGAUCUAAAAGGAUCUGUGAGAUAUCCUUAGUUUCUUAGCCAAGCAGCAAUGCAAGUGAAGGUGAAGUUACCUAACUUGGCUGUAUACUCAGUGUAUGACAGAUGUGUCACAGAUACUGCUACCCUAAAAACUAACUCAAUUUAAUACACACAAGGCCCUCAUUGCAAGCAUCAUUAGCAUGAAUCUAUAUUUUCCUGGGAAUAUUGUAUAUGUUACAUGUGUAUAUUCAUGAGAAAUACUAAACAUCAAAGUGUAUAAUAAGUACCGGUAGUUGAGUCAGCCAUCAACGGCCCAAGCUAUAUCUUCCUCCUUGUACAUGUUAACCUGAGUAUUAUUUGCACUCACACCAGCAGUAUCUACACCAGUGUUCACAGAGCAAAGGGUACCCAGUGGAAUAAGGUUCUGCACUUCUGUGUAUUGUCCCACAGUCAUGAGCCUGUGAUCCUAGGUUCAAAUCCUACAUUCACCCUGCAUAUUUUCACUGGUUUGUCUGUACCAUACCUGUGCUGGUUCAUUUCACCAGUGAUAAACCUCUUUGACCUGCAUCACUAAGGUUCGACAAACACAAACUACCAUGCCAUUAUAUAUACUACCAACGUUUGAAAAAUGUCCAGUAUUUUCAUAUGACAAGUUGAUCUGUCAUGUUUGGUGGGCAUUGCACAGCCUUCCAGUUGUGGAUGUUGACUAUUUUGAGUAGUAUAUGAAAUACUGUCCACAGUAGCAUGAAACAGUUCAGUUACAAGCACAUCCGUCAUAGCCAUGAGCUGGUGUUAUUUACCUUAACUGUGUUUUCUCAUUCUGGACAUUGUCGGACAAUGCAUCUGGUGCUGUAGGCUGUUAUCAGGCCCACACUUAACACUAUAUGUUUACAACAACUGUCAUACAAUGUUACAAUCUUUUUCUUAUUGUUUACUAUUGUGUAGUGUUUUCCCCAUUGCUAAUGUCUUCAAUACUUUGAUUUGUGUCAUGACUUAAUUUAGUCAAUACAUUCGUUAUUUUAUGCUCCAUUUGUCAAAAGCUUCAAACAAUUUGGCCUUUACAUUGCAGUGAAACCAUGACCAAGUGCUUAUGACCUUGACCUUGUGCUAACUGAUCUUUGUGCUUAUGACCUUGACCUAGUGUUUAUGACCUUGAAUUUUCUGCUUGAAGUGCCCCAGCUAUUACCGAAUCAGGUGGAAUCUGGCUUAAUCAGUUCAGGUUUGAGCCUCGGACCAUUGAUACCAGUUAGUUAGUAAGGACAAUUGGGAGUGUGUAUGUUUUAUACAGUUGACUUAGAACAUAUGUGACACACAAGGCAUGCCCUCUUAGCUAAAGUAUAUUUUGUAAUUUUUUUAUCACAGCUUUAACUAUUAUUGUGACGGCUUGAUGUUUGUAUCCCCUGCCAUACCUAAUGUAUGGUGAUCUGUUAAGGUCAUAUUUUCAUAGGAUUUGUUUUUUUCAUUGGUGUACAUGACCAUUGAGUCUGUUAUUGUUGUUUAUAUGCUGGCUCACAGGCUGAUCCCAUUCUUAUUGUAUGACUGUAUUGACAGUGCUAUGUAUAUUGUUGUUUUUUUCUAAGAUAUGUCCACUGUUAUAUACAUACUUUCUACCGGGUGGUACGGCUCAUAUUUCCCUCCAUGCAGUACUCUCUCUCUCUCUCCUGUACAUAUACAACUGUGUAUACCCUGUGUACAAUGUUAGUUCACUGUCCUCACUUCCCUGUACAUACGCAAGCAUCAUUCAUGGAGGCUGUUGACUCAAUCUCAUUGUCUUGGAUACAUUUCAAAUUGUUCAUGAUGUUAAAACUAGUUCGGCUGGAAAAUGAAUGUAUCAGUUUGACAUAUUUUUUACAAUGCUCUCACCAAAUUGUGAAAUAGUGCAUAACUACAUUUAAAGGGGCACUUGAGUUUGGUUAGUUGGCUGUCCCAGCAGAUUAUCUGAAACAGAUAGGUCAGCCAUGGAACAUUGUUUCUCCUCCACUAUAUAGAAAAUUAUAAAGGGUUUGGGUACAGAGAUUGUGUGGGAGAGGAAGAGUUAGGAAGGGGUAAUGGAUUUCCAGCCAAACUAUGUUUUUUCACAGACAUUAAUCUCUGGCCACAAAGAAUUAAUUAUUUCAUUAUGAUGAAAAUUGAUCAGUAUAGUGAAGGAGGAGGUGUUUUUAGUUAAAUCUUCUUCUUUCCAGCUCGCCUGAUUGAAUGGCAAGUGUCUAAUAGUCAGCUUGUCCGGUGUCUUCUGUAAACUUCCUCUCCUCAUACUAUAACUUCUCAUGCUUAUUCCCACCGCUGAUGAUACCUGAACAUGUUUAAGUGGCUUGAAUCCAAUCUUUCAAUAUGGCCACCAUGGCAGCCAUUUUGAAACAGUUAUAUAUGACCAUAUACAGUUAUUAUUGUCCAAAAUGUAAUGACAUUAAUUAUCCUGGUAGCUAGUAGUGAGACAUGUUCUGUUCUUAAUUUUGGGCCUUGUUUUGACAGUGCUGUUAAAACUCUCCAAAUGCUUACUGUGCUGAGUUAACUUCUAUGAAAUUGUCAGAUGUUUUAUAUCUGUAUAAUGACAAAAUAUUUUGGUCAUUUCAGUAGGUUUUAGUGUUAGUUUGCAUUAUAUAGGCUGAUAAUAUAAAUAUCAAGGUAGACAACAACUUUGUUUUUCAAUACUGCUGCAUACAGUUAAGUGAGCUAUUGCUCUAUGGCACUUUUUAUGUUUGUUUUUUUAAUCCUGUCAAAAUGAAAUAUGAAAAUGAGGAGAGGUUGAGUUACAAAUUAAUUAAUUAUUUUUUGUUGGCCUUUUCUGAAGCUUCAUCACUGUGUGUGUCAUUUUUUUUUGAAGCUGUACUUAAUACAUUGCCCCUUGGUUGCCCCGCUUGCAGUGUUCUCACGACCUGUCUCAUGUCUAACAUGCCCUGAACAGCCAGCAUCACUCCUCCAACCACACGACCUGAGCUUUGUCAUAUUCCACAUCCUGUCACUAUGGAUACAAUCAAAUGUUGUCACAAAAUGUGAUACGGCCUUCAUGUAAUCCAAAGAAAUUAAUGUGGGCACCAAGUGCUAAGUAUGUUCAGGUUUAGGUCCAAAUAUGGCAGUUUGUGGAAUUUGUUUUUCAAAUCCACCUACCACUGUUAUGCAAACCUUUGCCACAAAGUGGUGUAUAAAUGUGUAUAUUGCCAGUGUGGUGUAUGUGUAGUUAUCUCCAGUGUUCACGGAGGGUACUGUGUGAAGGGCUGUUCAUCCUGCCACCCAUCCUGCUUGACUGCUGUACAUGAAGUUGUGGGUGGCCUCUCGACGCUCACGGCUCCCAUGCAUGUAUAAAGAAAAUGCAUAAAUGUUUCAAACCAUU